AAUUUGUCUUGUUUUCUUCCUCGCUACUACAAUCAUUCUGUCUCUAAAUUAUUUCCUUUCCGUGCUCUUUGGCUUGUAUAGGGGCAUUAAAUAUCGCGGUUCUUGUUUUGUGUUCCUUUUUUAAUUGUGUGAUUAUGCUUUCCCAUUAUUUUUUUUACUUGAUAAGGAAAUUGGAGGAAACAGAAUGCUGCAGCUCUACAUACAAUUCAUACUACAUUGACCGAAGAAAUUUUUGCCCAAAUAAUUAGAGAAGAUCAGCUCGGUAAUAGUUGUUCGGAAUAAAUUAGCCAAAAUGCAUCAAAAGCGGCAAUCUAGAUCAAAACCAGAAACUAGUGUGGAGGGGGCGGGCGGAGGAAAAGAAAAUGAGAUGACUGAAGAUUCUCGUUAUGUAGAAUUGAAAAAGAGCAUUUGCAAGGGAGAUUGGAAUGCUGUAAAGCAGUUUUUUGCUUUUGAUAAACAUCGACUAGAUACAGAAAUAGUGUCAGACAGAGGCUACACUGCUCUUCAUGUUGCAAUAAAUGCCGGGCAAGAUAAUAUUGCUGAGGAAUUGGUAAAGAUGAUGUCGGAAACAGAACUGGAAAUAAAGAGUGUAAGUAGUAAUAAUCGCACCGUUCUCAGCCAAGCUGCGUUGACGGGGAGAACACACGUGGCAAAAUGCUUAGUCCAAAAGAAUAACAAAUUACUUACAAUUGAAAACAAGUAUGGCAAUAUCCCAGUAACUACUGCAUGUUCUACGGGCCACAAGGAGAUGACUUACUACCUUUAUUCUGUCACCCCACCCGAGGUCUUCCUACCAGAAAAUAAUACCACUCAUGGACUCGUUCUCAUCGGCUGGGCCAUUGAUAACAAAAUGUUAGAUAUUUGUUUGGAUCUACUUCAGCGCAACCCAAAGCUGGCCGUUGCUACAGGGCCCAACCCAAAGCUGGCCGUUGCUACAAGGCCCAACCCAAAGCUGGCCAUCGCUAAAAAGCACGAAAUUAGAGAAAAUUCUCCUAUUUAUAAAUUGUCACGUCAACCUUCAGCAUUUUUUAGUGGAUGUAGGCUUCGAUUUUGGCAAAUAUGGAUUUAUCACUGUUUAAAGGUAAAGUUACCCAUGAUUUCAUCUACUGAAGUACGAAUUCCUGUUGCCCAUGACCCAGACCUCAAAGAAAAGGACAUCAAAAUACAAGUUUCCUUCUUCGCUGCAUCAACUUCAGUUCUAAUGUUUUUGGGAAUCCUCACAUCGCGCUCCGCCCAAGAAGAUUUUCUUGAGUCCUUACCCAGGAAGUUGAUCAUUGGCCUCUCCACUCUUUUUAUUUCUAUUGCAGCAAUGAUGGUUAGCUUUUCAGCUGCUCUUUUGAUUACACUUCAAGAUCAAUGGUGGGCAAUCAUUCCCAUAAUUAUGAUGGCUAGCAUUCCAGUUACACUUUUUGUAUGGUUGCAGUUUCCCCUCCUCGUUGAAAUUUUUGUCUCGACAUAUGCUCCACGAAUUUUUAACAGAAAAAUGAAGCCUUGGCUAUAGUGGAGAGCAGGUUGAUUGAUGUUUUUGGAACGUAAGUGAGCAGUUUUCCCUCCAAGUUGAAAUUCUUCAGCUUGUUCUUUGGUUAUGUUUGUUGGAACUCCCAAUUUCUCUGUUUUAUUUGGUUGGAUUAUCAGAUUUCAUGCUUUUGAUUAUGAGAGUGUGGUCGAUCUAUGUACCUUCCCUUUGUGUAAAAACAAUAUUAAUCAUACAUGUUUGGUUAUAUUUUCAGAUUUCUUGCUUUCUUACUUGUAAAUAAAUGAUUGAUGUCCUG